AUGUAUCCACCACUACACUCCAAUUCCUCUCUUCCCCUUGUGUUCUCCUCCUCUCCUCCAACUUCUCCCUUCUACUCCACUCCACCAUCAUCUAAUCGUUCAUCAUCUACCCCACUUCUUCCAUCCCUCUCCAUGGCUAUUGGGGCGUUAUCGAAUGCCCUAGGCCUUUGGAUCCUGGCACGAGCCUACUCCCACUCUCGAAGACUACGACGAUCAAGGGCACAGUUUCUACUCUUGGCAUCAGGGCUCCUUUUGACAGACCUGGCGGGACAUCUUAUAACUGGAUCCUUUGUCCUGUGGCUAUAUUCUAAUGGAGUCUUGCCAGUGGUUGGAUGUCAGUUUCUUGGGGGUUGCAUGGUAUUUUUUGGACUUUCACCAUUACUUCUUGGGCUUCUUAUGGCAUUAGAGCGUUGCAUUGGCCUUACAAAACCACUGUGGCAUUCUGCUGUUGUAACCCAAACCCGAGCUCGGAUUGGCCUUGGUGUAGCUUGGGCUAUAGCUCUUCUGAUGGCUACUCUACCGCUCCUUGGUUAUGGUACAUAUGGGCUUCAACCUUCAGGAACCUGGUGUUUUCUACAGGGGCCUCCAGGAUUUUGCCUGCUGUUCUCUGGACUUGGUCUUGGAUCAUUGGUGGCAGCAUUGGUGUGUAAUUUAAUAGUUGGAGUUACGUUACUUCGGGCUCGACUCUUACGAGCCUCAGGGGAGGAUCGCAGAAGAAGGCGUCAAGGUGCCCAUUCCCAUGACCUGGAAAUGAUGGUUCAACUGUUGGCAAUUACCAUUGUUUCUUGUGUUUGCUGGAGUCCACUACUGGUCUCUGUGGUGAUGCUGCAGACUGGCGCACCUCUCCCUCGGCCCAACUGGUUGCUGUUCACGGUACGCUUAGCUUCAUGCAAUCAGAUCUUGGAUCCUUGGAUCUACAUUCUCCUCCGGCGGGCGGUUCUACGACGUCUCUGCUGCAUUUUUGUGAGAGUUUCACGCGUGCGCGGUGAGAAACCAAUUCGUUGGGAUCCAAGGGACUUUCAAAGCUCGGGCCGCAGUGAAAUCAGCCAAUUAUAG